AGACGCCCUCUAAUUUCCCCCUUCCUCGUUCUGUCUCAGUUUCUCUCCAGACUGUUUCUCGCUUGGCUCUCUCCGUCUUGCUGUCGCUGUCGCUCACUCUCCAUUCCGCCGCCGUUCCGCUCUCCGUCGAUCCAUUUGGCCACCUCCACCUUCUACUUGCAAGGUUCUGGAGCUGAGUAACGGAGAUGUCUGCAUAUGAAAAUGUUAUUGGUGGGAAGCUGAAACUUAAGGGGAAGGCCCUAGAUGUUAAGGCCAGUGGAAUGAAGAAGAAGAAGAAGAAGCAAAAGAAUAAUUAUGGUAACAUCUCUCAGAGCAAUGAGAAUGAACUUUCAGCAGGUGAAAGUGCUGAAUUGCUAGUUGAUUCCAACCAGGAAGAGAUCAAAGAUGCCAGUAAAACUGUCACCGAAGGAGAUGCAGCCCGUGAUUAUCUCACCCCAGCAGAGAGACGCUACAUGGAACAAAGAGAGAGAAUCGAUAUGCAGAAGAUGGCCAAGACUGCUAAUAAAUCUCACCGUGAUCGAAUCCAAGAUUUUAACCAAUAUCUGGCAAACAUGAGCGAACACUAUGACAUUCCUAAAGUCGGCCCCGGCUAAAUCCCAAGAAACAACAAAACUCCAGAAGAUGAACCUGCUUAUUCUGUUCUAUUAUUGUAUUAUGUAAUACUGUUUUCUGUUGGAUUCAGAUUCACCAAUUGUGCCUUUCUAGCAUUUCAAAGAUGAUAGACAAUUAGACAUUAUGGUGAUUUGGUUUCAGCCUUUCAUAUGGUACUUAACGGUUCGAUCAUUUUGUAGAUAAAAUUGUUUCUAUCUACUUUUAUUGUACAAUGCUGUCAAUGCAUGUCGGUGACUGACGAA